GGGGAGUAAGGAAUCCAUGGCCUUCUCGUCCAGUUAACUCUCUUUCCUCUUCUGCAAGUAAUCACAUCACAACUCUCUAAAAUCCCACUUUGCAUUCACCCAACAAUUGUCGAAGAAUCUUCUCGAGAAGGCGCGAAAGUUUUACAAAUCAGCUUGGGUUCAUUAUUCCUCGAUUUUAUUCGUUCCUUUUCCGUCUGCGGAGAGCAUGGACACUCAGAAAGGCCAAUCUGAAAAGCAGUCUUUACCUACAACCAAUCCAUUUGUUGUUACUUCGUGUCGAAAGAAGAAGAACGAGGAAGCGACUUUCUUGGAGGAUUUGAAAGAUCACAUUGACGAGUUCAUUCAUGCUUCUAUGGAUGAACACAAGACUUGCUUUAAGAAUACAGUUCAGAAGAUGUUUGGUUUAUCUAAGGUGGUUGCUGAGCAGAACGCUAAUGCUGCAAGAGAAGUUGAAAGUUCUUUGCAUCUUCAGACAACUGUACAAGAUUAGUUUUCUUGUAAAGGAAUUGCAUUGUGUUUAGUUGUUUUCACCGGUAAUGUUUUCACAAUCAUCAUUGAAGUUGGUGUAUUCAUCACCAAUUUAGUUAACAAAAUAAAUGUAUGCAAUUAAUUGCCGUUGUGGUAAUCUAAUUGCUGGUUGAAUUGCAUUAGAGCAUCAAUGGUAGAAGAGAUUCAUAACUGCUUUGAGAUGUGAAAAAACUGUCAAACACAGGUCAAGGAGCCCAAACAUAAGAAAUAGUCAUCGUUGAAUUUGUUUUGCUAAAUAAAUGUAUGUAACAAUUUUUACUGAAACUUUUCCAAUCCACUUCGGAAAAAAUAUUCGGCCAACGAUAAGGAUU